AUGCUUCUGGUGCGACGAAAAAUGCCAGGCACCCUCCUCCUGAGUCUCCCCGUUUCCCUCCUACUUCUCAUCCUUUUGCACAACGACGGUGGCCUUCCUUCGAUCCCAUCAUCGUUAUCCUCAUCGGUCCUCCUGCCGACACCCAUAGAAUGGAAGACAGAAGCCGACGACCUGUACUUUUGGAAGACGGUCAAGGUCCACCAUCCAGCCCCCAAGCCCCUUCGACAGCUCCCCAUCCCCCCCUCUGUCCGCUUUCCUCAGGUUCAGGCUCAAUUUCCACCAGAGACGAGCACGCAGCGUCGCGUGCGCGAGGAGCGCCAGCAGGCAGUGAAGGAGUCCUUCUCUAAGGCGUGGGCGUCAUACCGGGAGCACGCAUGGCUCUCUGAUGAACUCACACCUAUCUCGGGUGGGCGGCGCAACACGUUCGGUGGCUGGGCCGCGACGCUGGUUGACUCGCUAGAUACACUCUGGAUUAUGGAUAUGAAAAAUGAGUUCUCUGACGCCGUAGCAGCCGCAGCGACUAUCGACUUCACAAAGACUGAUCUUGAAGAGAUUAAUGUCUUCGAAACGAACAUCCGAUAUCUUGGCGGCUUUCUCUCAGCUUUUGACCUGAGCGGCGAUGUCCGCCUGCUCCGAAAGGCGGCUGAAGUUGGCGAGAUGCUUUACAAGGCCUUUGACACACCGAACCGCAUGCCCAUAACGCGCUGGAAAGUUGGUGAUGCCGCAAAAGGCGUGGCACAGAAAAUCUCGGGCGGUGAGCUUGUCGCCGAGAUUGGAAGCCUUUCAAUGGAGUUCACACGACUCUCUGUACUUACAGGUGACCCAAAGUGGUGGGAUGCGACACAACGCAUUAUGGAGCUAUUUGAAGCGCAGCAGAACAGGACGAACCUGCCCGGCAUGUGGCCCCUCGUUGUGGACCCAGAGAAGGAAAUCUUCUACAAGGGUGACGACUUUACUCUCGGAGCCAUGGCUGACUCUCUCUAUGAGUAUCUUCCCAAGAUGGCGGCCCUCAUUGGUGGUCGCAGCCCAAUGUACAAGUCUAUGUAUGAGGCCGCUAUAGCGCCAGCUAUCGAGCACAACCUCUUUCGUCCGAUGACACCGGGCGGCGACGAUAUACUCAUCGCAGGCCAGGUCCACUCGCGCGCAUCCGAAUCUGACCCGGAGUCUCGGCACAUCGAGCUCGAGCCUCAGGGGCAGCACCUCGUCUGCUUCAUGGGGGGGCUCAUGGCCCUUGGAGGCAAGCUUUUCAACCAUGAGGACCAGGUGUCCCUAGCGCGGAGGCUUGUAGAUGGAUGUGUGUAUGCCUACCGCGCGUUCCCGCAUGGCGUCAUGCCCGAGACCUUCUACAUGGUCCCUUGCCCAUCGAAAGACGUUUCCACCUCCUGUGCGUGGGACGAGGCUCUGUGGAAAAAACAUGUGCUACAGCGCGCAGGCAAGGGCGAUGAUGACGAUGAAAACCGGUCCGCGGACGAUAUCAUUCGCGAUGAGCGCCUUGUUGAAGGGUUCUCUGCUGUGCCGGACAAGAGAUACAUCCUCAGGCCCGAGGCCAUUGAGAGCGUGUUCGUGAUGUAUCGCGCAACAGCACAUGAGGCGUUGCGAGAGUCCGCGUGGGACAUGUGGACGGCCAUUGACAACAUGACGAGUACAGAGCUGGCCAACACGGCGGUAUGGGACGUCACAGUUAAGGAUAAGCCACCAGCAGCAGACUCGAUGGAGUCGUUCUGGAUGGGCGAGACGUUAAAGUAUUUCUAUCUCAUCUUCAGCGAGCCGGGGCUAGUGAGCCUAGAUGAGUUUGUGUUUAAUACUGAGGCGCACCCCUUUAGACGGUGGAAGUAG